AUGACCAUUGCCAUGUACAUCACUGUGCUUGCCAUCUUUAUCGUUGUAUGCCAAAAUUCGUGGCCAACAGUAUUCUUGCUGAUUCCACUUAUUUGGCUUAAUAUCUGGUACCAGGGUUACUAUCUUGCAUCAUCUCGUGAAUUAACUCGACUGAAUUCAAUCACAAAAGCUCCUGUUAUCCAUCACUUCUCAGAGAGCAUAUCCGGAGUUAUGACCAUCCACUCUUGCAGAAUGCAGAACAUGUUCUCCAAGAAAAUGUUAAACGGGUUAACGCGAAUUUACGUAUGGAUUUCCACAACAAUGGGUCCAAUGAGUGGUUUGGUUUCCGUAUGGAGACGCUUGGGAAGCCUUGAACGCUGCCAACUUAAAGAUGAGGUAGCUGCAAAACCUGAUAAACUCAAUUCGUUAGUGGCUGAUGAUGGCGACAACUGGAGCAUGGGGCAAACACAGCUUCUCUGUUUGGGGCGAGUUAUGUUGAAGCACAACCGGCUCUUGUUCAUGGACGAGGUCACGGCUUCAAUUGAUUCACAGACAGAUGCUGUAACACAAAGGAUCAUCCGAGAGGAUUUUGUUGCAUUGAUUGGAUUGGUUCUAAGGGCCUCUCAUGGGGAGAUUUCUUGGCAGGUUUGUGUUGCCUCUGCUGCUGCUAACAGAAAGGUUAAAGAGCGUGCUGUUGAAAUUGCCAAGGCCAUAGAUGACGAAGAUGGGUUGAUAGGAGCAUUGAAUGCCUUUCAUAGGCACUUUCCUCACAGUAAAUCUGAGGAUAAACCCGAGUCAUUGCCUGCUAGAAGUGGCUUAUUUUCCAUCAGUAGGUGUUUUGGCUAUUCCCAUUUCAGUACACAUCCCACGGCCUCUCCUCCACAUUUGUAA